CAUAUACGUCCUGUAUAGCAUCAAAGCAUAUAAAGAUAGUAGCAUGCCUAAUUUGACAUUCGAGUAUACCAACGAAAUUGAUCCCCAGCACUCUUGCUCCAAAGAACUGACGGUUGAGGAAGACAAACAAGGCUUCUACGAGUCUUUGAAGCACGAAAUUAGAGCAUUACAGGAAUACUCGAAUGCAUCCUUUACAGAAAAAAUGAAGUUUGAAACGAAAGAUGAUGUUCCUGAUGAGCAGCCUAUCAUGCUCUAAAUGUGGAUUAAACCACUCAUUUAUGAUUAAUUGACCAAGAGAAUUCGCGACGUUACUGGUUUGUACUAUUAAAGUUGAUCUUACUUUAAUUUAAGUAGGACAAAAAAAUAUAAAAAUAAGAUGUUUGAUGUUGAACGAGAAUCACUGGAUGAAUCUUUCUAUUGAGAUUGAGUUGACGAAGGUUGGGUCAUUUACUUAAAUAAAAUCUUUUAGUUUCUGUAAACGUUUA